GCUUCGAACCAUGGGCGAGGAGGAGGACGAAGGAUAAUAACUUUUUCCCCAAUCGAAAUCUCGUCGCUUCCCCCAGGUUCGAUUCGCGAGUCUUCUCUGCCGCAGCACAAAGAUGGAUGCAAACAGGCGCCAGAGUGGAAUUCAGCAAUUGUUGGCUGCAGAGCAAGAGGCUCAGCAAAUUGUAAAUGCUGCUAGGGCCGCUAAAUCGGCAAGGCUUAGGCAAGCAAAAGAGGAGGCCGAGAGGGAAAUAGCUGAAUACCGUGCUCAGAUGGAGGCUGAAUUCCAGAGGAAGGUUGCAGAGAGUAGCGGUGACUCUGGUGCAAAUGUCAAGCGCCUUGAACAAGAGACAGCAGAGAAAAUAGCACAGCUCAAGCAGCAGGCUGCAAGUAUUUCCCCUGAAGUGAUUCAGAUGCUUCUGAGGCAUGUCACCACUGUGAAGAACUGAUUGGUUGUGCAAUUUACCCUACAUAUGGUGGCAAAGUUGUAUUAUCUAUUUAUUUUUUGAGAGGGUGGUAAGAAUGACUUCGUCACUUCUAGCUGUAAUCCUUGUUCUGAAUAACGGAAUAAGCUGGUGCUCCUCUUCAGCAACCUUAUUUGGUACUACUUCCAAAACCUUCUUGCCUGGCUGGCAAAUAUUGUUUUUCAUGUAUCUUUUGAACGAAAUAAUGUGAGAAUCGUUUCACGUUAGUUUAUUCUAUCUCUCCUCUGCUUUGUCUGUC